AUGACAGAGUAACCACUAUUCAUAACUGAAAAUAAACAUAUAUUACCAACUCUUGAAAAAUUACAUCCAGAUUAAGCCAAAAAUAUGUAGGAACUUUGUUAAGAAAUGGAAAGCUUAAUAGGUGAAACUAACAAAAAUGUAAAUCAGAUGUUAAAAUCGUAACAAAACAACAUUUUAAAUGCAUUUAAGCAAGUUUUGGAAACCCUUAAAAAAGACAUUCAACAAAUCAAUGAAAAAUUUCAUUAAUACAUUGCAAUAAAUGAAUAAGAAUCAUAAGUAAUUGAUCAUAUUUAAGCAGGUUGUUAAUGCUUAAAAUAAGAUGGUACUCUUUAGAUAAGAAUGUCAUUCGCUAAAUGAAUAAUGUAAAGAAUUAAAGCACAGUGUUCAAACACUUAAGAAAACAAAUAAGUUUUUAGAAAAUGUAUUCAUUUAACUAUAAUUUAGGAAUUAAUGUUCACGAAAGAAGCAUUAUUCAAGUAGGUCCAGAAAAACCAAAAGCUCAAACUAACACUUUAAAAAUUCAAAGAAGAAUUGGAAGAAAACCAAUAUCUAUUGAACUAUAACAAUAAUUUUAAACUACUAACAAAUGAGCCAAAAUUGCUCUAAGACUAUUAAUAGUAGAUACAGGCAAGUGUAAGAAAAGCCAGAUUCGAUUCUUCAAACAAAAAGCAAACUUCAUUUAAUUCAAUAGCUAAUUCAGAUACUAAAUCUAAGUACAUUUUUUCUUAGUAAACGCGAGCAUAAAGCUUAUAAAAGAGUAUAGCAGCCAAAAGAUCUAGUGUGUUUGAAACUAGUAUUUUAGACAAAUCUUUACAAUAAGACCUGAUAUUUGAAUACCCUCGAUUUUAAUAAUUAAAAUAGGAUAAUGAUAAUAAUCAAUGA